UACAUACAUAUACAUAAUACACAUACAGAUAGAGCUGUGGGUACUGAAAGCUCAUAGAAGGUAUCACAACCAAGAAGAAGCAAGGGACAUAUAUCAUAAAUAAUCUUCUUUCUCUGUUGCUUAGUAUCUUCAUAAUCUGUAAAACUAUGUCUCUGAAGAUAGCAGCUGAAAGUUGGCCAAAAUCAGCAUUAGAGAGGGUAGAGGAGCCAUUGGUGGUGGUGAGAGAGUAUGAUGAAGAGAGGCACAAGGUGGCAGUAGAGAAACUGGAGAAGCUUUGUGAAAUUGGGCAGAGAGGAAAACCAUCUCUUGUCACUGACCUCAUGGGGGACCCUAUAUGCCGAAUUCGUCACUUUCAAUUGCAUGUCAUGCUGGUUGCAGAAUAUGGAGAAGGAGAAGUUGUUGGGGUGAUAAGGGGGUGUGUAAAAACAGUUACAAGAGGGGACUCGGUUUACGUAGAGUUGGCUUAUGUUUUGGGGCUUAGAGUCUCCCCUCAACACAGGAGACUUGGCAUUGGCACAAAACUAGUUGAAAAUUUAGAAGAAUGGUGCAAGCAAAAGGGGGCAAAGUAUACAUACAUGGCAACUGACUGUACAAAUGAGCCAUCCAUCAAUUUGUUCACAAAAAAAUGUGGGUACUCAAAGUUCAGGUCUCUAACCAUGCUAGUACAACCUGUCCAUGCUCACUACAAGCCAAUCAGCAGAAGCAUUGCAGUCCUUCACAUUCCACCAAGCCUAGCAAAGUCCAUGUACAACCACAUGUUUGCCAAUUCAGAAUUUUACCCUAAAGACAUAGACUCAAUUUUAUCAAACAAGCUGAAUUUGGGGACUUUCAUGGCCAUCCCCAAGAAGCACCUCUCCAAAUGUGACCUAACAAGGGGGAUUCUCCCUCCUAGCUAUGCAAUGUUGAGUGUGUGGAACACCAAGGAAGUGUUCAAGUUGCAAGUUAAGGGGGUUUCACCACUAGCACAUGCUUGCUGUGUAGGUACAAGGUUGUUGGAUGAGUGGUUACCAUGGCUGAGGUUACCUUCAUUUCCUGAUAUUUUUAGGCCAUUUGGGGUUUAUUUUCUGUAUGGACUGCACAUGGAAGGAAAGCGUGGUCACCACCUGAUGAAGGGUCUAUGUGGAUUUGUACAUAACAUGGCAAGAGAUGAUGGUGGUUGUGGGGCCGUUGUGGCUGAACUGGGCCAGAGGGACCCUGUUAGAGAUGCAGUCCCACAUUGGAGAAAGUUUUCAUGGGCUGAGGACAUGUGGUGCAUUAAGAAUCUUGAGGACGCGAAGCAGGGGAUAGUACCUGAAAAGUGUGGGCCAUCUGGUUUUUUCACAUCUAGGUCCUCUUCGCCAGUAAUUUUUGUUGAUCCUCGUGAUUUUUGACACUAUCAUAAUGCAUAUGUAAUGCAAAAUGUACACUAGUUUUUAGCGACAGAAACCGCCACAAACUACAGGUGUUGCUCAAAAACCGUGGUUCAUGAAUCGCCACUGUAUAUAUCGUAAGGGAAGGUAUUGGCAAUUGGGAAUGGCGAUGACCUUUCCUUUGUACCACUGCAAGAUGUAAAGUAGCAACUAUCUCAUCAGGUGUUAAUGAUGUAUUAAGCCAUGCGUCUCUACUCUCUACUCAUAAUCAACUGAUUUUAACUAACUCAAACUGUUGCUAACUAUAAUAGCAACAGUUGGUAACAUAAGCAAGGGCUUGGUACUCAAUUUCAACUGAGGAACGUGACACAUUGGGUUGCUUCUUGGAUUUCUGGUAUACCUAUGACUAUCCAAUAAAUGUGAAGAACCUUGUAGUGUAUAUCUAAACAAUUUCCCCCAAUUGGCAUCAAAAUGUGUUGUGAAAGGCAAUGAAGAGGUUGCUAAAAAGAGAAUACCCAGUCCAGGGGUCCCUUUCUAGUAUUGAAGCAAGUGAUGCAAGGCUUUCAACAAACCACUUUCAUGUUUCCCUUUCACCUUGCCAAUCCUAAACCCCAUCAAACGAGAUCCUACUGAGGCGUCGUUCCAUUCUCCUAGGCCAGAUUGUGAAUCGCCUCAGGUCUACCCCAUUCUCACCACUCCAGUGACAUUUUUGGUGCCCAAAGCUGUCCUUCAAUCAUUGCGACGAUGGGUUUGACAAGGUUCGAGGGAGCAGGUGGAGUCUUUUGCAGCAAUACAUGAAUUUACAACAACCAAAGGAGAUGGAGCUGCAUUGUAUCACGGCUGAUGAUUCAUGAUCAAUGGAAGAGGUUAUGGCGAGAGACUUUGGCCGCGAGUUGAGAUGACAAUUUUGGCUCUGACCUGGGAUUUCUGGGUUAGUUUGAUGGUGGGUUUCUAAUAGUGGAUAUGGAAGCACUAGUAAAAAUGAAACUAGUAACCGAAUAGACACUUUGGUUACAAGUUUCAUAUGUCAUUAAGUGUGUUUAAACUACUUUUUGUGAAGAAAAGUGUC